CUGUAAAAAAAUUUUCACAAGUUAGUCAUGUUGUUGGAGUUACAAAAUAACUUUGCAAACUAUUUUUUAGACUGGAUUAUGUUAAAAACUAAAAGCUUCAGAAACUUAUAGCAACAAGUGAUGAAUGGAUUUAAUUUAAUUACUCACCAUAAAAAUAAAUAUAUAUAAUAUCAGCAGUGAUAAUUAUAAUAAUAACAAUAGUACAUACUCAAGUGCUGCAUUCUGAUGGAAAAUAUACAACCGCUCAUUAUUAUUAUUAGACACUGCCAGAGUAAUACACGUGUUUGUUUAGGUUAAUAGGUUACUUUUUUUUUUUAUUAACUGUUUUGUAUUAUUUAUUAUUUAUUAAAGAUGAAAAAAAGUGAUGACAUAUGUAAACCCUUGCCGUAUGAAAUAAGUAAACAAGCAAGUACUUUUGAAAACAGAGAAAAAUUUAUUGUUAAUUUUCUUGAGCAACGAUUACCUAGUAAUGACAGUUCACAAAUUGUUGAUGAAUUAAAAAAGACAUUUAUAUUGGACAAAUUAAAAUCAAACAAUAAGAAACAAAAGCCAGUAAGAAAAGGAAAUUUUUUAAGUGGCCGUAAAAGAAAAUUACUUGGAAUAAAAACAGUCGGCUUGAAUAAACAACUUAAGUAUAAAGAGUUAUUGCCGCUAAAUACCCUGUGGCUAGAAUAUUUUUCACAAACGCUGGGAGUUGAAAAUUUCAAUGGAUUACCUAAUCCCGGUGACAAUGAUUGGGACAGUAUAAGCCAAAAAAUAAUGAAGUCAGAUUUUCACGGUGCAAAAGUAAAAGUCGUUAAAUCAAAGUGUCCUAGUUUGAUAGACAUUCAAGGAAUAAUUGUUCAAGACACCAAAAAUACGUUUAGAAUUAUUGGUGAAGAUGAUACUAUUCGUACUGUUCCGAAACACGCUGUCGCUAUUGACAUUCAAUUAAUAGAAACGAAAUUUCAAUUGUUCGGCAAAGAUUUAUGCAUUCGACCAGCCGAGCGUGUUAAAAUAAAAAAUAAAUUUACUCCUUCGACUAGUUUGUGAUGGAAAAGAUAAUAAAUAAAAUUAAUGACUGAGAAAUGAUAAUUAUAAAUAAAUUAAUGAUGAGUAGUGUAAAUGAAAA